CUCUCCUUCUUUUAUUUUCCUUUAUUUGUGAAUAGUUAAUAUCAAUGCUGAGUUUUGUAAAGUCAGUAUCUGUAAUUCGCACUGUCAGGGGCGGAUCUCCUUACCUUUCUAACCUAACUCUAACCAAUCGUCACCUUCAUGCCGUAAUAUAACCAAUCAGAGGUAGAAAAGGGGCGGGUGUUCACCCACCUCGGGUAGCGAAAGAAAUCGUCGUGUGGCCUCACGUUGUUAUGGCAACGUAGAGGGGCAGAUAUUCAACAGUACAACAAUGUCUUCGUCGGUGGAAAACGAAGAAAGAAAAAAGAGAAGCACUCUGGUGCUGAGGCCCUCUUCUCGAGCAGGGAAUUUCUUCGCGUCGGGAGUCAACCAAGGUACCAGACACACGAGCAGCGUGCUGGGUUCGUCUAGCAGGAGAAGUUUCAGUCAUGGCGGCGGAAGCAAAGUUCUGGAGAAAAGCCCCACCCAUACUCCGAGACAAGAUUCUCGGGUGUUGGAUGAAGAGAACAAUGAUGUCACUCCUCAGCCACUGUACAAGGCUGAUCCUGGAGCAGUUCAUGUUAAAGGCAGUAGGUUCUUUGUGGAGGAAAUCUGUGCUGAAUCAGCAUCAGACCAGAUAACAGCCACAGGCAGCUUCACCAGGCCCUUCUCCAGGUCACUAUUGGGAAGUAGCAGGAUAUCCAGCCAGUCUACAAUAGACUCCAUGAAUGAGGACAUUGAGGAAACAUUUUCCAAACGAGACAUGCCUAUCAACUUCCCAGAUGUGAAAGGGAAGAAAGACACUGUGAAAGAAUUGGUUACAGAAGAAAUGUUAAAAGAAGUCAUAGACGUCUACCUCUCUGAGACGGACAGCAUUUCACUGCUGGACAUACCCUGCUAUGUUGUGUCAGUGGAUACUGAUGAUGCAGAAGUUAUCCUAGAGAGAAACAAUCAGUAUGCUGAAGUUUGCAGGAACAGAAUGGGCAAUGAUCGAUCAAUGCAGACACUGAACGAAGCAGUGAAGAACAAACAUGUCCAGAUCGAUGGCAUGGUAAUGGUGGACACAGCCACGACUGUCAACAACUGGGACAUGUAUGACACUCUGUGCAGCCCUGAGCAGGAUGACACUGUGCACAGUCCUGAACCAGAGAAACCUACCUAUCCAGAUGCUGUCGUGAACAUCAGCAGAGGUGCAGAGAGGGGCAUGUCAUUGGGCAGCACAGCCAGCAUAGCCAGUGCUGCUAGCUCACUGAAGGAUGUGGAAGUGUUUGGAAACACCUUGAAUUCUGAGUCAGACCUGCAGCUUAUCAUGCAUUCAGAGAAUUUCCAAUACUGCUUACUGGUAAUGGAGAGAUGCAUCCUUGGAAAUAUCUUUCAACCUAACCUGGCUGUACACAGACAGCUGCCUGUACUGGAAGACCCAGACAGUCCGGUGAAGCCUGGGACCAUGGAGCAGAGGAAGGAGGAUGCAGAACGUUGUGGGUCUCCUGCUCUGCAGCGUCUGUGGACUUUCAGCUGUGAGCUCAGCAGAGGACACAGUGUUAGCAGCAUGGCCUGGAACAAGAAGAACCCGGACCUCCUAGCCGUGGGUUAUGGUGAAUUGGUUUCCAGUGACCUGAAACCUGGCCUGGUGUGCUGCUGGUCCCUCAAAAACCCCACAUGGCCGGAGCGUGUUGUCCACUGUGACAGCGCUGUGACCUCUCUGGACUUCUCAGCUAACAACCCCAGUCAGCUGGCUGUGGGGAUGCAUGAUGGCAGCAUCGCUAUCUACAAUGUACAGAGUCAAGACAAAAAGUGGCAAGUGAUCAGCAGCAGCGAGUGUCCCAAGAAGCACUUGGGUCCAGUGCGGCAGCUCAGAUGGACUCAACAAAAGUUGAGUUUAAUAGGAGAGGAAAAGGUGGAGGUGCUCUUCUCUGUGGCUGCUGAUGGUAGGAUCAGCAUCUGGUUUGUCCUCAACAGUGGCCUUGACUGCAUAGACCUUAUGAAGCUCAAGAGGAUUCAUAAUAUGAAGAAGAAGGCUGGAAGGAACAAAGACAAGACAGAAAGUGUUCUGUCAGCACUGACUCCUGGUCUGUGCUUUGACUUCCAUCCAACAGACUCCAGUCUCUACUUGGCUGGAACGUGGGACGGUCACAUCCACAAGUGCUCCUGUUCCAACAGUCAGCAGUUUCUGGAGACUUUCAGGAAACACUUUUGUCCUGUGAACUGUGUCGCUUGGUGUCCACUCAGUCCUGACGUUUUUCUGAGCUGCUCCUCUGACUGGACCAUCCAGCUGUGGAAGCAGGACCACCUUCAUCCCAUGUUAGGUUUCACUUCAGUCCAGAGGGCAGUGUACGACAUCAAGUGGUCCCCAAAGUGGGCCACUGUAUUUGGGGCUGUUAAUGAGGGACAGCUCGAGAUCUGGGACCUGAAUUCAAGCGUCCUCGACCCAGUUGCUGUGCAACCUGCUGCCACUAGUGUGAUGAUGAGGUCCCUGCUUUUUGCCUCACACACAGGUAGUGUCCUGGUAGGAGACAGCGAGGGACAAGUGACAGUUUACCAGCUCAAGAACCUCAGUGUGGGAGAGAGCAGCCAGGUGGAUAUUCUAGAAGACCUCAUCCGCUCUGCAGCUUCCAGAUAGGAAGAAACCAAAUGGCUGUCUCACUGGAAUACAUGUUUAAAUACCAUACAGGUGAACACAUAGACAUCUAUGGGGUCUUGAGCCCCUGCCCUUUUUCUGGGAUGCUUUCCUGCUGCUUCAGCACCAGGACAGACGCUCAUUAAAGAUCUGGUGUGUCAGAGUCUCUGUUCCUACUCACUCCUGCGCUCACUUUACACUUUAACAAUGAACACCAGCACUGACGUUUACUUUCUGUUUGUUUGAAUCGCUCUAGAGUUUAUAACACACAUGUUUAACCUGCUACACAACACAAGACGUAAGGGUUAGCGGUAACGCCGUAUUUUAACGUCAUUGUUGCAGAGGAAGCGACGCCCUGUUUAUCCAGGAACAUAAAUAUGAAUUCAGCAGGUUUUUAUAAAGAUCAGUUCUAAGAGAAAUGAUUAGAAGACAUCAGAGGGGCAGUUACUUGUUGACCAGUGGAGUAUUGUGCCUCAGUGCAGUGGCUUUGCUAAGGGGGGCCAGGCGGGGCCACCUUGAUACAGUAAAGGCUCAAACAAGAGUUUUUCAUUUUAAUCCUUAGGUGCAGCACACAAACUCAGUCUAAACUGAAUGAAUUACAAAUCACUUUGCAGAUCACUGACCAACGUCAUUCACUUAUUGUUGUAGUCAGAUUUUUUAAAACCUUAUUCUUUAAAUUACAACACACUUGCAGUAACAGUCACUAAUUCUUUUUAAAGCACUUUCUAAAUAAAAGAGAUUUCGUAUUUGACUGAUUUUAUUAACUAAUUAACUGAUGAAAAGUAGCUAUGUGCAGUGAAAUGUAGGAUGUGAUACAUUGAAACACAUGAAGAUGCAUCGUUAUUACCUUUCUUGUUUAUCUUGUGAGAGUGAAUACCAAAGAAAACCACUGUCUAUUUGUGAACUAUUAAUUAUUUACCAAUUGAGUGAGUUUGAGGGUAAUAAACUAAAGUGUU